CUCCUGAGUAGCCAAGGGAGCUGGAGGAGGCCUGGUGGUGCAGGGUGAGCCAGUCUGGGCGGGGCAGGGCAGCCCCCCUGGAAGGUGGGCUGGAAGCAGCUGGGCUGGGAGGAGAGGCUGUGGAGGCAAGGGAUCUCCUGUAAGGGAGAAGCUGUGCAGGGAGCACAGGGCUGGGCUGCUGAGGUGCGACACAGGUGACUAGGGAAGUGUGAUGGGCUGGAGAAGAUGGUGCUGGAUUGACAGGAAGUGUUACACGGGUGAGCGCAAUGUCUCCAACAUGGUGAUUAUUGAUGUGAAAAUGCUGUCGGGAUUCAUCCCUGUCAAGUCCUCAGUGAGAAAGCUGGCACACCACCAAGAUAUUGAGCGUACAGAGUUCAGUACCAACCAUGUCUUAGUGUAUCUGGAAAAGCUGAGCAACGUGACCUUGAGCUUCUCCUUCGCGGUGGAGCAGGACAUCCCUGUGCAGGGCCUGAAGCCAGCUCAGGUGAAAGUCUAUGAUUACUAUGAGACAGAUGAGUUUGCCAUACAGGAGUACAGCGCUCCCUGCACCACAGCCGAAGCUGAACAGGGAAAUGCCUGAAGAAUACAUCUGAGCCCUGCUGGAUUAGCUCACUUGUUUCUGCCAUUAGAGGACUCGUUAAGGUAGACUACUAAAAUGUUACAUGUAAGGACACCUCAACACCAAAAACAAAGCAAUACAAUACCAGUAAAUAAAGUCUUGAUCCUCCCCAUCUGC